AUGAAUGAAAACGCUAGUAAUACGUAUAAUCAAUCUGCAAAUCGUCUCUACAUCAGCAAUGAUUCAGCAGUUUUUAUCAUUCAAAUACCGGUUUCGAUCUUAUCUAUCAUUCUUGCCAUCUUGUAUAUGGUCCUUAUAUCCACUAGACCACUGUUUCGGAAGAAUAAACUCAAUUGGUUUACCGUCAAUGUAUGUUUAACUAGUGUGUUCCUAUGUAGUAUUAUACUACAAAUGAGCAUUCAACAGCUUCUGACAGUAUCUAGUGAUUUAUCUUGUCGAUUGCAAGCAUAUCUAGCAGAUAUGGCUGCAUGUCAAAUGAUGUACUCGCAUUGUGUGGUUGCGAUCAGUAGAAUAUUCACAAUUGUGUAUUCAAAUAAGCAAUUUUUCCGAUCAAAUUCUUAUAUUUGGCUCUGUAUUGGACUUGGAUGGCUUUUUGGCUUGCUGAUUGCUCUACCACAUUUAUUUUCAAACAGUUUCGCUUGUCCGAGUGAUGAGCAGCCCGACUUUAUGCCGUAUUACACUCUAGCAACUACUCUGCUCAUCCCGGUGGCUACUGUCACCCUAUGUAAUAUACGCAUCUUUCUGUUUGUACGUCAGUCUACUCGUCGAGUUGGUGUCACGGGUGGUAGUGGUCAAACUUCACAUUCACGUGAUGUAUUUUUACUGAAAACAACAAUCGGCACGUUUGUGGCCUUUCUAAUUGGAUGGACUCCUCUUCUUGCAAUACAGCUCUUUAACAAGAACGAUUCAAUUCCAUCAUUUCUCAAUGCUUGUAUUCAGGUACUACCAUCAAUAACCAUUCUUUACGAUGUUAUUGUAAUAAUCUAUACCAAUCAACCUGUGCGCAGUUUUAUCAAACAAAUAAUUAUUCGCCGUCCAUAA